ACCUUCAAAUCGAUCUUUCCUUCUCUCUAUCUUUCUUUCUUUCUUUCUUUCUCUUAGGUCUCUGAAAAAAGAAAAUCACCAUGUUUGAAGACUCCAUCUCCUUCAUACCUUCGAUCUGGACCGCUGCAAAUAGCUGGUUCACUCCUACUGUCUUCUUCAUCCUCCUUAAUAUCGUUAUUGGCACCAUUGCCAUCACCUCCAACUUAUCCCACCGCCAUCAACAACAACAACAACAAUCCAAACAAGAUCUCAAUCUUCAACAAAACCCACUUUUUAGAUCCCCUUCAGUUCUUCAACGUCUCCGUUCCAUCAAUUUCUAUCCUUAUAAAUACCAUGACCCAGAACCAUCUCCUUACCAUUUCUCCCCAUCAUAUGUUUCCGACGACUCUAAUUCCCCUCUCCACCAAACUUCCGACAAGCUCCAAACUCCACCGACCGAACCCCAUCAUGUUUUCCAACAAACCCAUCUCGAAGAAGAAACAGAGGAACAAGAUGAUGAAGAAGAGGAAGCGAAAUCAAUGGAUGAAGUUUACAGUCAAUUGACUAACCGUCAUGUUACCAGGACACGUUCAGACACCGAACCCGCCUCCGGCGAAGUACCCACUAAACUUCCGGCGAAGAUGAGAAAGUCUGCCAGUAUGAAAUCAGCGUUUGGGCACUUUAAUAAGGAUGACGCCGCCGCCGUCGUCGAGGCCCGUCGUCCUGCGACGGUUAGAGAAAGUAAGACACGUUUGGGUGAUGCGGAUGAAGAGGUAGAUGCAAAGGCCGACGAUUUCAUCAAUAAAUUCAAACAACAGUUGAAGUUGCAGAGGUUGGAUUCAAUUCUCAGGUACAAAGAGAUGAUCGGCAGAGGAACCCCAUCAAAUUAAAAAAAAAAAGGUAGUUUGAUUUUCAGGGGCUUGUUUACAAAUUUGUUAUAAAUCUGGGGGGUUGUUUUUUUUUUCUUGAAGAUUGGGAAAAGCUAUAGAUCUGAUAACUACGAAAGUUCAUUCCCAUCCUUUUAAUUUCGGUCAAAUGUCAAAUAUGACCUUGAAUAUUGAUGCUUACUUUUGAAUUGCAUAAGGGUCAGUUUUGACUAUUCACACUUACUUGCACAUAAAAUGCUAAUGGAUGAGUGAAAUGACAACAAGAUGAGGCGCUGGACAAAGGAAGAAGACAGCUUUUUUCUUUUCAUAUUCUUAUGUUUUCAUUUGUUUGCUUUUUCUAAUUAAAAAAGGUUUUAUAAAUUUCAUUGGUGAAUGGUGAUAGGGAACUUUCUAUUUGUAUUUUAUUGCAUUAUCAUGUCUUUUCUUUAAGACAGAUUCAUGUUGUUGUGUUUGAUUAUAUGUUUCAAAUAUAAUUGCCUUUUUUU